AUGGAAUACAAAAGUUCAUCUAGAAGGCCAGAAGGACUAUUUUGUAUCGGUACAGAUCCUACGGACCUAUAUUCUUCAGCGGAUUAUGUACUUCCUGAGGUACUCGCAUUUUGUCUGUUGAAAGAACCAAAUAAUUCUGAUCAGGCAAUAUCAAUGGCAGAACGAUUGCUGCAGAAUUACAAAGGCCAGUGGAGGGAGUUGACCGCGACUCUCCGCGAGAAGUACGGGCGGCUGCCCGAACAUUUACUAAAGCAGGCGCAGAUAUUACUAAAUAAACGCCGUACGAAUUUAUCACCGUGGAACGACGGUCAACACGCACCACCGUCUUCAAUGGCGCUUAUCGAAAUGGAUGUGUUUUCUCCCACCGCCAUGCGGAACUCCAUCACCGCACGCAUGCAGCGACAACGAGCACUGGAUGAUGCCACCUGGAGUGAAGUACACCGUGAGGCAAAGGAAGUGCUUGCAUCUUUAAAGGAGACCCAGCAGCGUGUGAUCAUGCAGGAGGCUGAAAUUGCACGACUUACUGACGAACUUGCACGGGAAAAGUCUAGAAUGGAGGAGGAAGAACGAAAUCAAAAGAUAGUAAUGGGGGAAAUUGCUGAAACUGUGAGUCAAUUGCAACUUGAACUAAUGCGAUUGCGUAGCUCUCUGCCAAAUGGGGAAGGCAAUAUAGAAACCCUUAGUGAGAUUGAGUACCAGAGACACCUAUUGCGUGCCCAGUGGCGCGAGGAGGCUGAUCUUAUUCAAGUCUUUCAACGUGUGCUCUUGCAGCAUAUAACACUUUAUCCAUUGAGUCCUCUGCGUGAAGAGGCACAUCAUAUUGACAAAGAAUUGUGUCAGUUGUUGAAUGAUCCACAAGUAUGA